AUGGAACCAUCAUCAGGUUCUCUUCGCUUUAAAAUUUCACUUUCAAAACAGGAAAUGGAGCAUGAGGAGCCAGAAAUUUCGUCAACAGAAAUUCCCCAUAAAACGAGUUAUUCGCUCUAUAUUGUACUGAGUGAAAUCCAUCGGCUGUGUGUUAAACGAGAUCAUAAAGGCAUUUUUAUUCAACCUGUCACUGAAGAUAUUGCUCCCAAUUACUUCUCGUUCAUAUCUGAUCCUAUGGAUUUAGGUACAAUGUAUAAAAGACUCUCCUCUAGAAAUUUCUACUCCACAGCUGGACAGUAUUUAGAUGAUCUCCGUUUAAUGUGUCAGAACGCAAUGUUAUAUAAUCCUCCUGACACUAUCUACUAUCAGAAAGCUCGCAGUAUGCUGGCCUUUGCUGAAAAACUAAUAUCUCCCCCAGGCCUGAGAAAACUGUCGGCGGAAUUGCUCAAAACUUGCCGUCCUCUUACUGAGGAGGAGAUGGGUUUUCCGCCCAACGUGACGCCUAAGCAUCAUCAUCAUCAUCAUCAUGGAGGCCACCAUGGACACCAUAGUCACAAACAUCAUCAAGAGGAUUUCCAACCAGGACCCAGUUCCAGAUCCUCCACCGUGUCAAAAUUCAAGGAAGAGGUAGGCGAGAAAGCCGAAGAGGUGGAGGAUUAUGCACCACGGUCAGUUGAGCGUGAAGAACUCGAUGGCACCCCCUCAUCGUCUUAUUCCUCUCAGCACCGCAAACGCCGGUCUUCGAACGCUUCCAUGUCAUCAGUUUCUGCGACAAAAGUACCGCGCUACGCCAAUAGUCCUCCUCACUUGAUCCCCGAAGUGGAUGACUCAUUUGUAGGACGAAUUGAUAGCCCACGCUUUCGUCCCAGUUCCUCGACUCAAUCAACCUGUGGUCGUAGUGAUGUGGUAGCCAUUGAUCUGGAGAAUACAGAAGGCGAUCUAAUGGAUUAUUCUUUUGGGGCUUCUCCUGGGUCUUCCUCCACAAUUUCAUCUUCAGCUAACCGGAGUUCCCGCAGGCCGUCGAGAAAUCUCGCCAGUCGUCGUUCCUCGACCACAACCAAUUGCGUUGCACCCAAUCCUCGUCAGUCGUGCACCGCCUCCACAAAAUCACGUCGGAGGCCUGCAGCAACUGCUGCUGCAGCUGUUGAGCAGAGAACGUACGCUGAAGAUGCGUGGACCUUCACUGACACCAUGACCGACCGUACACCCCCAGAUCAAGUAAUUGCUCAAGUGAAGAAAGCAGCUCAAAAUGCGAGGGCGAAGUAUUUGGCGAAGUAUGGACAACCUGGUCGACAGACUGUUGUCUAUCUCGAUACGAGUGAAACAGGAAAGGUCUACGCGAAGCACUGCAUUGACGGCCAUGGCAACCGUGAUCCAAGUUGCUCGAGCCCUCUUGAAGGAGGAUGGGAGGAGGGUCGAAAAGUGGUCAACUAUCCGCUGGCAAUGCGACAACUCCUCACUCCAAAGGCCCAGGCAAGUGGUGGAGUGUCAGGAUAUCACGGGCUGAUUGAGCAGAUGACCUCUCAGCAAGUCGCCACUCUCCAUGCUCUUUCAAAGUUGAAAUACGAUCCUUCGGAGCCUAUUGCUAUGGGCAUUCAUGGACCUCUGGCUAUCUUUGAGAAGGAGGAGCUGGCGCAGAUGAUAGACGCCUACGGAGGUGCUAGUGACUUGACGAUUGUGGAGAGUGUUCUCUCCCUCCUCAAAUUUGUGGAACCCAUCGGUUUAGAAGCCCGACGUGUUGCGCACCUUCGACUCGCCGAUGCUACUGAUGGCUACCAUGCUCAAAUGCUCAUCUCCUUCGCUGACCCAAAAUCACCCUACCACGCCUCUAAUUGGAUGAGGAGGGCCAAUCUCACAAUUGACCCCUCCAUUGUGGAAGAAUUCAAGGCAACUUUUGAGGAGGGGAGUGCUGAAGGUGCUGCCGAUCCAACGCUCCAAGUGUCGGUUUCAAGAUCUGUCACACACGACUAUACAUCAUCGGUUUCGUUGAUGGCUUAUUACACAGCCAAUACUUGCAAUAGAACCACAUAUUUAGUUUCUAUUGAAUUUCUUAAAUAUGUUCUUAUUUUCAAGACUACAAGCACCACCACCACCUCGUCAGUCCAGUUAUCUGCCAACGACUUGCAAGCCCUAAAUGAGGAAGAAUCCGUGAGUGGAAGUGAUACAGUUGGCGGUGGAGGUCAAAUGUCAAUAGCAAAACUCCCCUCAAAUACCUUGACAACUAACACAACGGACAAACAGAUGACCGCCUUCCAACCUCACAAUAAUUCCACCGAGGAAGAGACAGCUUCAGAUGAACAAGCUGAAGAAGGUGGAAAAGACGGAAAGGAGGAAGAAGAAGAGGAGGAGGAAUCUUUCGAUAUUUUGACUGAAGCCCUGAAUGCUGCAAUUGUUACGCCUGCGGACAGGAAUCAACCGGUUUUACCGGAUGUUGCAACGGUGAAUGAACUGGCUCAGAUCUCAGCACUGACCGCGGCUAUCAGUCCAAUUCAACAGAACUACAUGCCUCUUCCUACUAGUCCGAUCCAACAUAGUCCAGGGGUGCCUACCACCUCAGCAAUACCCCAGAAUGUUCAAGCAAUGGCGUGCGGAGGGGGGACGCCCGUAACCUCACCAAUGCCUCCUAUUGGCCAGGCAGGAGAACCGAAGUAUGUCCCUGUAUUGGCAUCCGGUGCUCAGGUGUAUCCCCCAGCUUCUCUCCAAAUUGGAUAUACCCUGAUGCAGCAGUCCGAAUUAGCUCAGAAUAUGGAAGCAAACUCAUUGCCAGUUCAGGAAACAACGAUGAGAGCUGCAGAACCACUGAGUGAUCCAAUGUCAGCCCCCUUAGAAUCCCUUCAAACAAUAGAUACUCAAAUCUGCCACUCAAGUACAGCUCAAAAAAUGGAUAUUCCCAGUGUUCCUGGAGUCCCAAAACCUGCUUCAGUACCACUCCAUGAAGCACAAGAUCUUCCUGUCAUAGAAAAGCACAUCGAUCUUUCGAAUAUUUCAGAACCUGUCCAAACAGGAACAACUCAGCCUUGUCUAUCUGAAACAGCUGUUGAAGACUCGUCAAAAGCGGAUGUAUCUUCAUUCAACCCUGAUGUGACGGUUAAUUCGCCCCACUUAGAAGCGUUAGAGUCCCAGAUUAAUAUUGAGGUGCCUAACGCAAAUAUUGAUCCAUUGGAAACUACUGCAAAUACACAACUAAAAUUUGAAGUAAAUACACAUGAACGCCUUGAAUCCUCUUGUACUCAAGAUCAAGCCGAUGAAAACGAUAAGAAGGAAAUAAGUGUGCUUUCAGAGAGUCAGCAGCCAUUUCUUACUAACUUGAUUCAAUCUACUUCUGGGGGACCUGUCUCUGACUCCAUUGUAAUACAGGACAAUCAGGCUGUCCCAGUAGUUGAAAGUUUCGUAGAACCUCAGAAUAUUCCACCAGACCCACAGAUUUACCAGUCUGAAUUUAUUCCAACGUUGAAUGUUGCUAAAGAGCCUGCAGAGUUGAAAGUUUCUUCAGAAACACCUGCUCCUCAUCUUUGUUCUGACGGAUUUGCUCUGAGCAAAGAUGUGGAUGCUAUUCCAAAAAAUGUGUUAGAGUCUGAAGACGUUGACCAGAAAUCUAUCGAAACCGCAAUUCUUUAUGACCUUCCCGUAAUGGAAGAAAAUGCAGAAAACUCUCAAGAGGUAACCCAGCAGAAGUCGCUGCAUGGGCGUACUUCAGAAGAAGGUUUGGAAGUUUUAGAAGUUGAGCCUACUACUGCUGGAAUUCAAGUAGAAGGUCAUGAAAUCGGAUCUCCAGAACUUCAACAAAAAGAAGUCGCAGAUAAAUCUAAAUGUGCUGGAUUAUUGUAUAAGGGGGGUUUUCAGCAAGGGAGAUUUCCAGAUACUGUCACAACUAAACCUACUGCUGAAAAUGAAUCCAGUUCUCCGAAAAUGGGUGUAAGUGAAUUUGAGCCUAAUUAUGAUGUCCAGGAAAGUAUUUUCCAGCCAACCGUGCCUCAAGUAUUCAAUCAAGAAGCCUCGGGUGAUGUAGAAAUGCACCCCGAUUUCAGCUCUGAAAACAAAGAAUAUAAACAGGAACCCCAGGACAUUGAACCAGCGAAAGGCAAAGGUGAGCCAACUUCCAUUGAACAUCUCUCCGAAGUUCGUAAGGAACUCGACCAAGAAUCUACUGAGGCGAGCCCUAUUUUAACGGACAGCAGUUUGACUUCUAAUCGCAGCCCACAAAUACUUGGGGGUUCACCGCCAGAAAACAAAACCAAUAUAAUAGCUAUGGACGAGCCUUCAACAGUCCAUCUCCAGUUAGAAAAACUCAUAGAUGCUUCUGAGUGUCUGACUUAUUCCAACGACAUGGUCCCUACUGUUAGCUAUACACAAUCGUCUAUGACGCUUCAUGCUGUUAGCAAUCCUUCCGAAGUCGAUGAUGAAUCAUCUGAAAAUGAUCCAAUAGCAACGGUGGGUGAACAAGGUACUGCUCUCGAUCUAUGCGAACCUGUCGACUCUACCGUUAGGAAUGACAAACAGGAAUCUUUCGAAGUGCUGAAGAGUCCGAACGUCAUUUCCGAUGUCGUUUCCAUGGAAGUUGAUGAGAAAUUGCCUAAAGAAACAUCGGACUCUUCCCCGCUGAACACUGCUGUUGAAUCUGAGCCGAUUCCCAGCAUACAAGAACCUGCUGCCUUUCAAAACAUGGAAGAUUUUAUAUCUAUGGUUGGUGCUGGAAAAGGUCCUAGUUCCAAAUUGCAGGAACCUCUUCCUAUACCACAAAGCCAAAUAAAUAUAGAUACUUAUUCAGUUGAGCCGCCUGAAUCAUUUGUAGUUCCUGAAUCUCAGAACUUAGAACCUUCACUAGUUUCUUCUGAAGAAGGUCAUUCUAAAGACCAUUCUGAAAUGAAUACAGUCUAUUCUUCAGACGACGAGAAUCCAGCAGCUAACCAACUCAGUGUUGAAAGUUCUUUAGAGGAGCAGAAUUCCGUCCAGUCCUCAAUUCCAUCGAUACUCCCUUGUGACAACGCUUCCAUCCAGCCAGACCCUAUCCUUACUCUACCGACUUUCGAAACGAGCAACUCACCUGUCUCCGUGGAAGCAUUCAAUCCCCAACAAGCGAACUUGGACGAAGAUGCUCAAACCGGUUAUCCCCAUUCAGAUAUCACUCUGGAAAAUGGGGGCGGAUUAGUUGACUACGAAUAUACAGAUUCAUCAACCAGUGGAUCCACUAAUCCUCCUUAA